AUGGAGACUUACUCUGGUCUUUUUAACAUAAUUUCUUUGCUUCUCUUCUUCUCCUCCCUCGUUAUAAUUCUAGUUAGGAGAAACAAAAGGCAAACAAGGUUGCCUCCAGGUCCAUGGAGACUUCCCCUUAUUGGAAGCUUGCAUCGCUUGACCGGAGCACUUCCACAUCACAGUCUUAGAAAUUUAGCACAAAGGUAUGGGCCUCUUAUGUACUUGCAACUUGGGCAAGUUCCUAUGGUGGUCAUAUCAUCACCUGCAAUUGCAAAGCAAGUUCUAAAAACUCAUGAUCUCGCCUUUGCUAAUAGGCCAGAAUCGACAUCCACAACCAUCAUAUUUUACAAUAAUAAGGACCUUGCAUUUAGUCCAUAUGGUAAUUACUGGAGACAAAUGCGCAAAACUUCCAUGGUACAGCUUUUUAGUGCAAAGAUGGUCAAGACCUUUAGUGCAAUUCGAAAAGAUGAGCUUUCAAGUCUUCUUUCAUCAAUUCGUAAUUCUAUGUCCAUGACCGGUACUUCUACAGUAAUCAACAUAACAGAAAAAAUCAUUUGGUUUACCAGUUCAAUCAUUUGUAGAUCUGUGUUCGGUCUAAUAUCCGAAGAUCAAGACGAGUUUAUAGCAAAUUUAAAGGAAGUACUCUUGUUAUCAGGAGGAUUUGAUGUGGCUGAUUUAUUCGCUUCUUGGAAGUUACUUCAUAAAAUGAGUAGUGCGAAAUCUAAAUUGGUAAAUGCACAUGGGAAGGUUGAUGCAUUUAUUGAGGACAUCCUCAAGAAGCAUACUAAAAAUGGAAAUAAGGGAAAUGGUGAGUUUGGAGAUGAACAUUUGGUUGAUGUUUUACUUGGAAUUAAGGAGAACAGCGCCCAACUUCAAUGUCCAAUCAUAAAUGACGACGUAAAAGCAGUGCUCUUUGGCAUCAUUGCUGGUGGAGCUGAUACCUCGUCGACAAUCAUUAUUUGGAUGUUGUCAGAACUGAUGAAGAAUCCAAAUAAUAUGGCCAAGGCUCAACGUGAAGUGAGACAAGUCUUUCAAGGAAUGAAAAAUUAUGAUGAAGGAGAUCUUGAAAAAUUAACAUACCUAAAGUUGGUGAUUAAGGAAACAUUACGACUAUAUCCUUCCAUUCCUCUAGUACCUAGGGAAUGUAGGGAGCAAAUAGAUAUUGAUGGAUACACUAUACCUCAUAAAACUAAUCCCCAGAGAUUUUGGGAUGAUCUGAAACAUACCGGAGAUUAA